AUGUCAGGUGAUCUAGAGCACGAAUUAGCUGCCUACCUCUGGCUAAUCAUUUCUCCAAUCCUCUUGAUCGCCGGCAUCUGUGGUAACUUCCUUAGCCUCGUCGUCCUAGCCAGCCGCCCUUUUCGUAAAAGUUCCGCCGCGUUCGGUUUGAGCACUCUGGCAGUUGUUGACUCAGGUGUUUUGUUUGUUUCCCUCCUGAGACAUUGGGUAUUUUACCUCUCUGGCGACAAAAUUGAUGUGAGAACGCUGUUUGGCUCAUAUUGGUGGUGCAACUUGCAUGUUUUUCUGACAUAUUAUCUCAAUCAGUUGUCUUCUUGGACUUUGGUUCUUGUGACAGUAGAGAGGGCAGUCUCAGUUAUUGCCCCCUUGAUGGUAAGGUCAAGGUUCACGAGGGGCAGGACCGUCUGCGCGUGGUUCGUCAUUUCCGGUUUGAUUUUUUCCAUUAAUGUUCAUUUUUUCUGGACUGUGGAGUAUGAAGAGGAGGCUGUGUUUCAGAGUUUCGUGGGGGAUGGUGCUGGUAAUGGUAGUAGUGGUGGUGCUGGUAAUGGUGGUGGUGAUGUUUAUUACGAUGGCGAUGAUGUUCGUUUGAUUGCAACAGCAGCCGCCACAGUAGCCACAGAUUCACAACGACAAUGCUAUUUUAACAGGAAAUACGCCUACUUCACAAACGUCUUAUGGCCCUGGAUUGAUUUCGUGCUCUGUGUAGCCCUGCCUUUCUUAGUCAUAGCUUUCUCCAAUUUAGCUAUGGCUUACUGUGUCUGGAAGACUAUGAAGAUUCGCUCAGCUAAGCCUUAUGACACACGCUAUAGUCAAAAAAUGUCGUUAGGUUUUAUUUAA